AUGACUCGCGGCGAAGCUGUCCAGACUAAGGUCCACUACAAGGGCAAGAAUGAAGACUACGUUGUCUUUGUCGACGAUGCCGACACUUACAAGAAGUGGCAGAGCGACAAGAGCAUCCCCAUGGCUCACUUUGUCUCUACCUUCCAGGUCUUCACUACGCACAAGCACGGCGCCCAGGGAAACCUUGACACAGCGCCGAAAAACAUCCUCAGCGCAGAAUUCGACACAGAGAACCAGGAUGACAUCAUCAAGAUCAUCCUGGAGAAGGGCACUAGCCAAACGGUUGAAAUGCCCGACCGCCAGGGUUCCAAGAACGACUCCAUGAGCUCUAUGAAUGCCAAAUAG